AUGGCGCGACGACUGAUUGUCGCGCUGGCCCUGAGCACCGCGUCGGCCCUCGUGGCACCCGUCCCCCUCGCCUCGACGGCAAGGCGGCAGCGGCCCGUCGUCCGGGACCGUGCGGAAAGCAAAUAUCGGGCGCCCAACGCUAGCUGUUGUCUUCGUGGCUGCAACUGCUCGAUGGCGUGGAGGUUCCAGGCCAUCGACGCGCCGUCGUCGCCGCGACCGCGUCACUCACCUAUCAAAAUCCACGCAGGUCCAGGAGUCCUUCGGCUUUGAUUUUGCGGAGGACCAGGCCGAGAACACGGCCGACGGCAUCCUCGGAGAAAGACGCCUCAAGGAGGAAUUCAUUAGGAGCUACAAGCCGACGGCGACGGUGCUCGAAGGGAAACCGUACCCGGUCUUCCAGGAGGUCCAGGAGAAGCGCAUCCUGAGCGCUACCGUGAACUCCGGGCUGCUGCAGUCUUUGGACAACCUCGGUUUAGGAUUGGGAGACGUCGAAAAAUUACUCCCUUUCCUCGACAAGUUCGGCCUCAUCGGUUUAGUAAGGAAGAACCUGCCGCUGGCGAUCAUCGCGACGGGCUACCUGCUCAUCGAGCCGGCGCCCUUCCUCCUGCCCGUGCUUGGAUUAUUAUUAUCCAUCCCCACGGCCGCGUGGACGGCGGUCGCCGCCGUGACGACGGGCGCGGAAAUCUACCUCAACGCCUUCGCGUCCUUCGAGGACGCGGGCCUCGUGUCGCUGUUGCUGGCGCCGCUCCUCCUCAUCGCGGGCGUGCUCAGCCUCGUGCCGACGGCGAUCGGGGCCAUCAAGAGCCUGCCGCCGGUGUAGGUCGGAUGCGGGGAGUAACGGUCUUAGGCGGUAUGUACGUCGAGUCUUCGCAUGCGUGCACCAGUCGCCCGCGGUGGGGUUACGGGCGCGGCACCGGUCGCCCGUCGACGACGGGGUUCGUCUUUCGCCGCUGCGUUAGGCCCGCGCGGCAAAUCGCGGCGUCGUCGUCGCGCCGGACGCGGCGCGCGCGCAGACGGCGACGACGUCCAAGUUCUGGGGCGUGACCUGGGACAAGCCGGCGCGGCGGUGGAAGGCGCAAUACACCGACGCGAACGGCAAGAAACGCCACCUGGGUCUCUUCGACACCCAGGAGCAGGCCGCGCACAGGGUCAACGCGGCUAUUCGCAGGGCGGGGCUCGAAGGCCACCGUCGCACGAACCCGGUCGUCGACGGGCAACUGGUGCCCAAAAAGCGCAAGGCGAAUGGCCACGGACCGAAGGCGUUGCGCAAGCGCCGCCGCGAGGAGGCCGCAGCCGCGCCGCCGCCGCGCGCCCGCCGCCCGCGCCGCGCGGACAACGACGACUCCGAGCCCGACGCCGACGACGACGAGGACCUCGAGUUGGCGCCGCCCGACGACGAGGACGGCUGGGACUAG